UCUCGUUCUCUCCGCACACGCAACCUCUUGCACCGCACGCCAACGCAGCCGCCGCCUCUUCUCUUCCAUCGUCGUCGUCGCCUCGUCGGAUCUGGGGAGAAAGAGAGUGCGAGUCUCCUACCUUCGCCGCGUCCGCGUCCGCAUCACUCUUCCGCGCCCUGGCGCCGCCGCGUCCGCCACUUCUCCUCGCCUUGUCGUCCCCGUCCCUCUCUCAUAGCCGAGCUCCAGCCCUCCACCAUCCCCUCCUCCUUGACCGCCUCUCCCCUCGUCUGAAGGAGCACGGGGCUGGCAGCUGCGCCUGAGCCGCCACAAGGCCGUCAGGUAGAGAAGAUUUGGUGCCACUGGCCGUUCCCACCGCUGUCCGAGUCCGACGUCUCGGAGUUGCCAGAGUCGCCGUCGCCAUACGAAGACGAGUCGGCGGGGAGAUGCUGGUGUUGGGAUUCGGGAGGGUCCAAUCUGCAGCAAAUCCUUGGGAGAUAUGACGGUGUAUUUUGGAAUGCUCGACGGCUUGCUGGCUGCAGAAGAGCUUCCUGAGGAAUACCGGAACCGAUGCCAGGAUAUACUCUGUAACGACUGCGGAAAAAAGGGAUUUCUCGGUUCCACUGGCUGUAUCACAAAUGCGCCGCCUGUGGCUCGUACAACACCAGAGUUAUCAAGACCGAGGCACCAGAUUGUUCCAUGUCGAAUUAACAGGUCCGCCGACGAGGAUGUGGAUGAGGACGAGGUCGAGCCCCUUCCCGGCGCGAUCUCCUUUUGGAGGCUAUUCAACUUCGUCGAUGGCCUCGACUGGGCACUCAUGGCCGCUGGCACAGUCGCCGCCGCCGCCCACGAUGCAGCAUUCGUAGUCUACAUGCACUAAUGGUCCUUGAAUUUUCUCGAUGCUGAGCGGAUUUAGUCUGCUCUACACGGUCGUAGCGACGAGCCCCUCAACCAAUUUAAGCAGGUAAACCGUUGCUUCACAUGCUCGUCUCUUAAUUGCACGCCUGACAGGGCCUGCAACGUGAUAUUUAUUGCCUGACUCCCAAAGGUAAAUUCAACAACAAAUGUGUUUAGGAUCCUGUAAGGAACCAGAUGCCUCUCUCAAUAUCUAUUGAAUACAAGCUUUGAUUACAAGCAACACCAAUGGAGAUACAAAGUUUGGGGAUCAGGAAGAACAUAAGGAGGAGGAUGAGAGGUAGGGGAAGAGAGCCGCCGUGCCAAAGCCGUGAUCCACUGGAUGACCAGAACAAUGCCUACUCCCUCGUACUUGUACUCUGUAGCUUUAGUGGUUUCCUGAUGGGCUAGGCCCACGUACCGGUCCAGGGGCAAACCCACAUGUUGGGUAACGUAGUAAUUUCAAAAAAAAUCCUACGCACACGCAAGAUCAUGGUGAUGCAUAGC